UGAAACACUGUUUUGACACCUUUGGUCUUCUGUACAGAUUUCUUCUCCACUUCUUUGCUUUUUUCCAAUGUCACUUUAGAACAGCUGCUCUUUGUCUCUCCAGUAUGUCAUCUCUUUCUGUCCCACCACCGCAAUGUCUCCUACGACCUUAUGUGGUCCCACACCGGCUUCUGCUGGGACCGGGACCCUCCAACGUGCCUGCUCGGAUUGUGACAGCUGCGUGCCAACCGAUGUUGGGACACCUGCACCCUGAGACUAUAGAGAUUAUGGAUCAGAUAAAGAGUGGGAUCCAGUAUGCGUUUCAGACUCAGAAUCGCAUGACUCUGGCAGUGAGUGGGCCGGGUCAUGCUGCUAUGGAGUGUGCUAUCUUUAACUCAGUGGAGCCUGGAGAGAGUGUACUCAUUGCAGUCAACGGUAUCUGGGGGGAGAGAGCUGUCGAAAUUACACAGAGAAUAGGUGCCAAAGUGAACACCAUUGUAACCUCAGCUGGCAGGUACUUCACAAACAGUGAAAUAGAGCAGGCACUAGCCAAAUAUAAGCCAGUUCUGUUCUUCCUCACACAUGGAGAGUCUUCUACAGGAGUGGUACAUCCCAUAGAUGGCAUUGGAGAACUCUGUCACAAGUAUGGUAGUUUGUUCUUGGUUGACUCUGUUGCAGCACUUGGAGGUAGUCCAAUCUACAUGGACAAGCAAGCUAUCGACAUUUUGUACACUGGCUCUCAGAAGGUCCUAAACGCACCUCCAGGAACUGCACCAAUCUCCUUCAGUGAGAGAGCAUGCCAUAAAAUCUUCAGCAGGAAGACAAAGCCUGUGUCUUAUUUUCUGGACCUGAGCUGGCUUGCCAGUUACUGGGGCUGUGAUGACAAACCUGCUCGCAUUUAUCAUCACACUGGACCUGUAACUGCAUUAUACAGUCUGAGAGAAGGUCUUGCCAUCCUUGCAGAAACGGGACUUGAAAGAUCAUGGAAACGACACAAAGAUGUGGCAGAGUACUUCCAUACAGGCCUAGAGAACAUGGGUCUCAAGCUCUUUGUGGAGGAGAAGAAAGUGAGAUUGCCCACUGUUACUACAAUAGUAGCACCACCAGGUUAUGACUGGAACGAGAUCAGAGGCUUUAUUAUGAAGAAUUACAACAUAGAAAUCUCUGGAGGUCUCGGGCCAUCAGCUGGCAUGGUCCUGCGUGUAGGUCUGAUGGGCUGUAACAGCAACAAGGACCAUGUGGACAUGAUUUUAGAGGCUCUUUCUGAUGCACUAAAACACUGCCACAAGAGUAAAGUGUAACAACUCAGCUUGUGUGUCAAACAUAACCUCUGCUGUAACAUUUAUGUAUAAAAAUGUAUAAUGUCAGAAAAGUACUCUUAAUUUGAAAUCACAAUUAAAGAAACAGGAAGUGG